UGGGAUUGAUUGAGCAAGCACAUUUUGCGAAAAUGAGUCCAUAUUAGCAUAGCCUUAUAGUAUGACUGUUGGAGUGUUGAGGUGAGCACGUCUUUAAUACUGUAGGCUAUUUUUGGAGAUUGAGUGUUUCUAAUUUUCAGAAAGAAAACCUUUUUUCUUCCUUAUUAUCAUGGAUAACGCUUGCAUGCAAUUAUUGCUGUUUUAUUCUGUGAAAACUUGUAAUUUACUCAGGUCCAAAAAAUGAUCUGCUUACAGGUUAACUAGCCCGGUAGCACCUGGAGGCUCCGUAGCACUGGAUCCUUCCUCUGCUGCCUGCGCCUGCGCUUCGGCCACCACCACCUCCCCUCUGCUCUCGCCCGCGCUCGCCGCCGCCGCUGGGCAGCGAUGGAAACCCUAAUGGUGGACCAUGUCCACAGCAGCCUGCGCCUCUUCAUGCACCGCAACGCCGUCUUCCUCUGCGAGCGCCUCUGCGCGCAGUUCCCCUCUGAGACCAAUGUGCAGUUGUUAGCAACAUGUUACCUCCACAACAACCAGCCAUAUGCUGCAUACCAUAUUUUGAAAGGGAAGAAGCUGCCAGAGUCCCGGUACUUGUUUGCUAUGUCAUGCUUUCAAAUGAACCUCUUGCGUGAAGCAGAAGAUACUUUAUGUCCAGUCAAUGAACCAAACAUUGAGGUUCCCAAUGGAGCUACAGGACACUACCUCCUUGGAGUGAUUUACAGGUGCACGGGCAGAAUUUCAGCUGCAGCUGAACAAUUUACACAAGCGUUGACUCUAGAUCCUCUUUUAUGGGCAGCAUAUGAGGAAUUGUGUAUACUUGGUUGGUUCGUUGUACGUUCAUCUUUGAAAUUCUGCAGUAGGUCUAUACUAAAUGUGAUUUAUUACUGUAUCAGAAGUACUUAAAGUGUCUCCUCAUAUUAUAACUUUUGAAAGGCUUAGAAGAAGAAAUGAAAACAAUGGUGAUUUUGCAUGAAUGAAGCCUUCAUAUCUUGUGUUGAGCAAUUUUAUUAUCAUGAUGAGGAGAAACAAGAACAGGCUGCCAACUUUGAAUUGAAAAAGUUUCAGAAUAGAGAAGGACCAUUUAGCAAGAAGCUUGCAAGAACUUUUCAAAACUAUGAUUACAAUCCAGCAUCAUGGUGGCGGUUAUAUGAAACUGAAACACCAGCUUUACAGAAGAUGGCUACAAGGAUAUUAUCUUUGACAUCAAGCUCUUCUGGUUGUGAAAGAAAUUGGAGUGAGUUUGAAGGGAUACACACUAAGAAGAGAAAUAGGCUGACUACAACCCGCCUCAACAAGUUGGUCUAUAUUCAGUUCAACAACAGGCUGAUGAAUAAGAGACAAAAGAUUAAGUCAAAGAAAAUCACUGAUGUUCUCUUGUCUAGUGAUACAACUGAAGCUCAAGGUUUUCUCCAAGAGGGUGGAGAUGAUUGUGCAUUAGUUGACUUUAGAGAUGGGGAGGAAGAUGAGAUGGAAGGCACAAGGAUACCUUGGUCUGUCAUUGGAGAGGCAGUGGGAGCAGAUGAACACCUUGAGCUGCGUAGAAGUGCAAGAGUGAGGGAGCUCUAUGCAGAAGAAGAAUUUGAGUCUGAAGAAGAAGAGUAUGAAGAUGAAGAUCUGUGCUACAGUGAAGAUGAAAUAUGAUCUGGACCAUCUCCAUCUAGUAGUGAAGCCUUUUGUGAUGCCCUAGUCUUAUGAACUGCAGCUGUGUCACUUUGUGUCUGUGUGUCUUAUUUUGUGAUUUGUGAGACCUGAACUAAGAACUAUGUGCUUGUGCUGUCCUUUAUUUAUAAAUUGUGUUGUGCACUUGUAUUACUGUCCUAUCCACUUGUAUUGUAAUUACCAGCUACUGAUA